GUGAAAAACAAGUGAGCAACAUAACAUGGUCGAUAGAAAACAGCAAAGACAAAAUCUACCCCUAGAAAGCACAAAUUCAACAUGGCGCUCUCCACUGAAGAAGUAUCCAGGCUAUGCGGUGAUGAUGAUCCUUCUACGAAGGAUUUCAUUUUCCAGCAAACGAUGUACAGAAUAAAAGAUGCCAGGGCUUCACUCCAGUUUUACUGUAACAUCUUGGGCAUGAGGCUGUUGAAAAAGAUGGAUUUCCCCGAAAUGACAUUUUCGCUGUACUUCAUGGGGUAUGAGAAGGCUAGUGACAUCCCGGCUGACGUGGGCAUAGAGAGAGCGAGAUGGAUGUUCCACCGCAAAGGCUGCCUGGAGCUUACUCAUAACUGGGGUACGGAAACUGAUAAAGACUUCAAGGGCUACCACAAUGGGAACUCGGACCCUAGAGGAUACGGUCACAUUGGAAUUUCCGUUCCGGAUGUUGAAAAGGCAUGUGAAAGGUUCGAAAAGCUUGGUGUGAAGUUUGUAAAGAAACCGAAUGAUGGCAAAAUGAAAGGACUUGCAUUUAUCCAAGAUCCCGAUGGCUACUGGAUUGAGAUUUUGAAUGCAGACAAUAUCGGCAGGAUGUGAAGUGUGCAAAAAAGCUUUUCAGUAACACGAAACCGCGUGAAAUUUAAAAUGCAUACAUGCAGUUCAUCAACAGUGGCGUACCCUGGUGAAUGAGUGCGUGAUGAAUCAACUACGUCGAUUAGUAUAGAAAACCGCUAUUAGAAAAGCAACCGUUGUGGUACAAGUGCCAAAAUUUUCACACUCGAUGACUGUUAGGUUACAAAUCAUUUCUGAUUCAGUGCCAAAUGAAAAAGACUUGUAUCUGUCGACCUUGCUAAUUUAUUACAAGAGAUGGCAUGCCCACUUAAUGGCGUGCACUCAACUUUACACGGCACACUCUGGAGGUCACGUGGUUCGUUUUUGAGGUAAUACAGCGAAAGGAUCUCUAUCUGAAAUUCUCGGGGUUAAAAAAAAUGAAAAGAAGUAGGCGCGUUUCACCUAUUUGCAGGAAAAAACCCUCUCGCAAGGCGAGUCGUAUCGACUCCUGCUGAGAAAACAUUGCUGCUUUUUUCUCUCCGUAAUGAAACCUCGUUUUAAUGCAACAUAAUAUCGAUAUUUUGACCGCAGUUGCUAUUUGAAAUAGCAUCGCCAGGAAAUGACUGGCGUUAUUGUGUUGCGUGUUCAUAUUUUUAUAGUACAGAGAGGUAGCAAACAUUUCACACAAAUGGGUAGGGUUAGUUCUCUCUGCAAGUUUGGCUCUUUUCACCAUUGUGUUGUUUUGUUGGGAUUGUCACUCAGGGAUAACAGAGGUGGGACGAUCAGUCUCAUGAUUUGCAUAAAGUGAAAGGGUUGGCUUGAUUACUCCACACCUGGUAGGUACCCAGUACCCAUAAUCAGCCGAUGAUCCACCCAAGUGGAUAGGACCGUUCAGGGUUAUUAUUGUCACAGUGCAGUAGGAAAUAGAUGAAUUAUAUGGUUGGAAAAAUUUGGUUAACCCAAUAUAUCUUUCACUAUAUGGUCAUCAACUGUGACAAUUUUGUGCUGUUACUACAAAGGUUGCUGUGAUAGGUAUGGUAGGAAAAAUUAUGAUUUAUUGUCAUCUCAGAAUUAAUUAUGAUUAGACCUCGAGUUAAAUCAAUUUAAUAUUUUACAUUUGUUAGUUUGUCACAUUGCUGGUAGAUGACAAGGGAAUUCAAUGUUAGUGUUAUUUUUUCAAAUUAUUUUACGAAGCCGGCUUGUUUUAUGACGAAUGAAAUGCAAUGCCGCUUUUGAAACCAGAAAUUAUUUUGAAUAAAGCUGCAAUGAAAUUUUCGCUA